GUAUUGGCCAAAUAGUUUUCGUGCACUUAAUCUAAAAAAUGCUACCAAGGUCUACUAACGUAGUAGUUAGAAAGUACACGGACUUGAUAGGAACUAAAAAUAAUUCAAAGAAGUAGAAAACAUUUUCAAAAAAAUAUAAGAAUUUUUAAGCAGUUUACCUUUAAAAAAAGAUUUUUAAGUCUUAUAAUCUGAUCUAGCAAGAAACAAAAAAGUUUUCCAGGCCCAACGGCCCGGCCACAACCAAAACUACAAGAGCGAGCGAGCGAGCAGCGCCCCGUUCUCUCUUAACCGGCGGCCGAAGAGAAGAAGAUGAUGAGCAGCACAACCCAUAAUUUCACCCUCUUGCACCACCACCCGCUCUCCGUCGGCGCCACACUUCUCAAACACUUUUCAUCUCUCAGGCCUUCCAUCCUUCAACUAACCGGAAACUCCAUUGCCGCCGCCGCCGCCACCGCAGCACCCGCCGCCACCACUUCCCAGUUCCGACCUCUUACUUCUCACCAGAAGCAACAACUCAACGCCUACGUCGGUUCUCUUCUCGAAUGGAACCAGAAGAUGAAUCUUACGGCGGAGAGAGAGGAAAAGGACAUCAUGGAAAGACACAUCGCGGAUUCCCUCGCGAUGAUCGACCCGAUUCGAGAUUCAUACUUGUCGUCACGCUGUGGCGAUUCUUGCGAGAAUCUUAGGGUUGUGGAUGUGGGGAGUGGAGCGGGGCUCCCUGGACUUGUAUUAGCCAUUGCUUGCCCUGAUUGGAGAGUGACGCUUCUGGAAUCAAUGAAUAAGCGUUGUCAAUUUCUGGAGCAUGUGGCUGAGAAGAAUAGUCUAUCAAAUGUGGAAGUUAUAAGAGAAAGGGCCGAGAACUUAGGGCAAAACAAGGACUAUAGAGAGUCAUUUGAUGUUGCAGUAGGCAGAGCAGUUGCUGAUAUGAGAGUUUUAGCUGAAUAUUGCCUUCCUCUUGUCCGAGUUGGUGGCUUGUUUGUUGCUGCAAAGGGUCAUGAUCCUCAGGUCCCUCAUUUAUCCUUCUCUAGUCGAAACAAACAGGACAUAUAUAUUUCUUUCUCGGAUCCCUUUCCUUGUAUACAUGAGUUUCACUAGCUUUACCUUGUGGUAAAGAAUUCUUAGUUGGGCAAUGGCCAGCAGAUGAGCUUCUAAUGUAGUUCCAGUAAUGUAUACAAGGACUCUAGAAGAGUAAGUAAGAAAUGAAAUAUGUGUAGCUUAGACUUUUAUUUGGGGGACAUAAUUUUUUUAGCAUUUUCUUUUCUUUGGCAGGAAGUAGUGUUUCUUUGCUUACUACUCUAGUCAUCGAUAGAACUAUAGAAGAGGAUGAUUUAUGGGAAAGUUUAAGUGUAUCGAAAGUAAGACAAAGAGUUGUUGAAAGGUGUUAGGGUUGAUAUAACACUGAAUAAUGUAGCAACUCAAGAGAUAAAAAUAGCACAUAGCAUCUAAGUAGUUUGUGAUCGUAGCAAUAGUAGUAGAACAUGAUUGAAUGAUAUAGAGUUUUAGAGAUUCCCAUCUGAUCCAACAGGAGGAAGUGAGAAGAGCAGAGAGAGCAAUACAUUUGAUGGGUGGAACUAUAUUGCAAACUUGCAAUGAAUUUCGUUGUUAUAUGAGUGAGUGAACAAUCCCAAAUGCAGUUGAUUCACACAGCAAGUAUGGGCAGAGAACUGCUGUCGUAUGUGUGAAAGGCGGUCCGAGCCCAAAGAAAUAUCCCAGAGAUCCAGGAACUCCGGCAAGGUCACCACUCUAAAUGUGCGCGUCCUCCACAGCCGCACAUCUGAAGUGCCAAACAUACCAAAGAUUUUGCAUAUAGCGGAGAAUUUACCGAGUUUGAAGGGGAGGCAAGCAGGUUGGAGGGUGGGCAAUGCAUGCAUAACAAUUAACAAAGCAAAUAUUCUGUAUCAUCAUGGAAAAACAAAUGAAUGUUUGAUUUGGAACAGAGUAUGUCCUAACAAUCAACAUCACAUAUCAUGUGAACAAACUUAUUCUUUUUUG